UGCGAAACAUGCACGUGGAGGAGCGUCUGCCCAUGACGCCAAAUUGGGGAAUCCCUCCGUAUUCUUUGCCGCUCUCCAUCCGGUGCAGGCCGUAAUUUUUUCCGCGAGUUGAAAAUGUUCAGUGAAAACAUGUUAGUGACGGACAGAGGCAUGUGAAUGGUGUUUUUCACGAUGUAAAAAGGAUUAAGGCAUCCAUACAUUUAGAGGAUUUUUAGUAGUUACAAGAGUUACCCCAUUCUCGCAUGCAUGAACACGAACUUCGCCCCCUAGAGUUUUAACCAACUUGUGCAGCGUACAUCAAAAGGUGCAUGGAGGGCGAUGGGAAUCUGGGAGAGUGAGGGGGGACUCCGAAGGCGGAUGCCGCUAAGAAGAGCAGGAGGCAGUUGCGCUGUCGGUACGACCAGUCUGGGAGGGAGGGCCAUGCGAUACUACCGUUUAUGGAUAUACACCUGCAAUACUGUUUUACUGGCCGGAGCCCUGGCAUUCUGCGGAGCAGCCUCACGUACCCUCAUAUUCGAUUACCGCCGCAUGCUCAUACCGAAUUUAGCACUGUACCAACCCACGUUCCUUUACGCUUAUCUAGCCUUAGCAACCCAAGGCGGUGCGAUCCAGGUCUUGGGAUGCGUAGCCGCCCUGAGACUGUCCGAGAAACUCCUGAACGCCUACUGGCUGCUACUUCUAGUACUCUUGUUCGGUGACAUCGUCCUGGGGGCCUUCUGGACCUACAAGUUCGAGAAAAUGUGCCAAGAUCUCAAGCCCGCGCUACGCAUGCGUUUCCAACAAGAGUACGGUACCGACCAGGACAUGACGACCCUCUGGGACAGGUUCCAACGUGACGAGGAGUGCUGCGGUGUGACUGGACCGGACAAUUACGGUAACGAAACAGGGAAAUUCGAGAUGCCUUUGAGCUGCUGCCUAGAACCACCCCCGGAGAAUAGCACUAGAUGUAUAAAGCACUUUCAGGUCGGGUGCGACGAUAAGCUGAUGGAUUAUAUGAAGUCGACAGCGGCCCUACUUGCAAUACUCGGAUAUUGCGUACUUGCCUUCCUGAAGAUGUGCUUCCUAGGUAUUUUACGCUACGAAAUUAAGGAGAUGAUACAGAAGAUUCGUAUACUGAAAACGGAGCUUGCCUUGCCCAAUGCUAACGGCGCAGUUCCAGGAACUAUAAGAACUGAGAGCGCAGAAAGUGAACGGGAAUCGCUCUUGGUGAGACCAGAAAGUACUGCGCUUCUAUCGUCGCCUCCUACGCAGUCGAAGAAUCCAAACGGAAAUAAUAACUACGAGAUGCGAGAAUAUCGGAGUGGGAGGGAGAAUAUUUGACUAAAGUACCGCCUAGAGGGCCUUUUUAACCGGGGCCGAUGGGGCCGGGUGAAAAAAGGCCCUCUGGCGACACCAUUAGAGGAUAUCUUCAAUAGGAGACCAAGGGGAAGAGUCAAGGACGACCCCUGUUGAAAAUGAAGAACAAACUAAUGGGUUGCGCGACCCCUAAUAGACUGAUCGCCACAAAGAACAAUUCAUUAGAUUCCUCCCAGCUGAUUUUUGGACAUAAUAGUACAGUUGCGAAAAGUAUAUACAAAUGCUAUCCAUCUUUC